AUGGACGCCAACGGCAUCCUGAACGUGUCCGCCAAAGAGAACAGCACGGGCCGCAGCAAGAACAUCGUGAUCAAGAACGACCGGGGCCGGCUGUCGCAGGCUGAGAUCGAUCGCAUGCUCGCUGAGGCAGAGCGAUAUAAAGAGGAGGACGAGAGGCAGCGGCAGCGUGUCACCGCCCGCAAUCAGCUCGAGACUUACGUUUUUGGCGUAAAACAAGCGGUGGACGAGGCAGGCGACAAGCUAAGCGAGAGUGACAAGAACACUGCUCGCCAACAUUGCGAAGACGCCCUUCGAUGGCUCGACAACAACACGCUGGCUGAACGCGAAGAGUACGAGCACCGGCUUAAGGAGUUGCAACGGGUCUGCUCGCCACUCAUGAGCAAGAUGCAUGGAGCAGCACAGGGCGGUAUGCCUGGUGGUAUGCCGGGUGGAAUGCCUGGUGGUAUGUCCGGUGGUAUGCCUGGUGGCAUGCCUGGUGAAACCUCGAACCGUUGGGCUGUGCAAAAGCUGCGUGAGCACUUCGCCACGGCAAUAAAAACCGUCGUUACAGACGCUUUGGCGGGCAGCAAAAUGAGUAAGAACGAAUCGAAAUUUUCACCGUUUCUGCGGCAGUGUUUCAUCACGGCGGGUGUGGCCCUGAACAUCGUUGGGCAUGGCGCCGUCAUCGGCUACGCAGCCAUCCUGAUACCAGCUCUGAGGAGGCCCGACUCGCACAUACAGGUCACCACCGCCGAGGAGUCUUGGAUCGCGUCCAUCAUCGGGUUCGCGCUGGUGGUGGGCAACAUCAUCAUCACGCCCACGAUGGACGCCGUGGGGAGGAAGAGGUCGCAGCUCCUCACCAUCCUGCCCAACAUGACGGGCUGGUUCAUGCUGCUGCUGGUGAACAACGUCGCCGGCCUUAUCGUCGCGAGGUUCCUCCAGGGCAUCGCGAUGGGCAUGCUGGGUCCGCUCGGCUCCAUCAUCAUCGGCGAAAUGACUGACCCGAGGAACCGGGGCGCUUUCCUCACGAGCGUCUCGCUCUCCCUCACCAUCGGCGUGCUGGCCACACACGCGCUCGGUACCCUAUUCAGUUGGCAGCAGAACGCCCUCAUCUGCUCGUUCAUCACCUUCGUGAGCUGUUUACUGAUCAUCUACGCACCAGAAUCGCCUUCUUGGCUCAUCUCCAAAGGCCGUUAUGACGAGGGCGCCGAGGUCUUCUUCUGGCUGAGGGGCCGCGACUCGAAGCAGCAGAUGGAGCUGGAGGACAUGAUCGCUGCUCAGAAAUCGGCAAGAAAGACGGUAGUGGUCGAGCAGAAACAGUCUCUGUUUCGGCGGAUCGGUCGCUCUUUCAGCUACCUGUGGGAGACGACCAGGAAACCGGAGUUCUUCAAGCCGGUCAUCAUAAUGUUCAUGCUGUACAUUAUGUUGCAAUUCGCCGGCAUCAACGUGAUAAGCUCUUACGUGAUGGACAUCGUCCACCAGCUGGUGGGGCCCGACGCGAACGCGAAGCUGAUCAUGGUCGCUCUGGACAUCGAGCGUUUGGUCUGCAACGUCCUGGCCGUGUUCCUGAUGAAGACCGUAAAGCGGAGGACACUGCUGUUCAGCAGCGCGUCUAUCUGCGUCCUCAGCUACAUGGGGAAGGCGGCCUACGUCUACUGCAAGGUGAACGGAACCCUGCCUUUCGACAACCAGUGGGUGCCUCUGCUUCUGAUUGGGACCUACAUGUUCUCCCUCACCAUCGGCAUCUCGUCCAUUCCCUUCGCGAUCUCCGGCGAGAUAUUCCCGCUGGAGUACCGCGGCUUGGGCGGCGGCAUCAGCAUCCUGGCCCUCUCCCUGAACUUCUUCGUCGCGGUGAAAAGCUUCCCGGUGCUGACGCACUCCGUCGGCUUACCCUGGACGUACUGUCUGUACGCGGGCAUCGUGGUGUUGUGCCUGAUCGUGAUAUACCUGAUGAUGCCAGAGACGAAGGACAGGACCCUGCAGGAUAUAGAGAACAGCUUCCGCGGCUGGUCGGCCGAAGACUACAGAAGUUCGCAGCCUCUGAACGGGAAGCCCCACUCGGACACGCGAAGACGAAGCUCUCAUAUAAUUAGC